AUGGAUGUCCGGGAUGGAUCUCCCCGGGCUGAGCGCGGCCGUUCCCGCAGGAGCGGCUUCCGCGCGGGGUUCCUGGAGCUGGUGAACAUCGAGGAGGGGGUUCGGGAGCUCUUCCAGCUGGCCCAGUCCAUCCCCCGGCCCUGUGUGCCCGGCAGGAUCCUCCUGGACCUGCUCAUGGACCCACCGGACCCAGCAGAUCCCAUCGCGAGGGCGGUGCAGGAGCACCGGGUGUCCCUGUGCCAGGCUCUGUCCCGGAACGCUCGGAGGGUUCAGGAUGUUCUGGGCUCUGUCCCCGGGAUUCGCUGCCCGGCCCCGGCCGGGGGGCCCCGAGCCCUCCUACGGGUACAGGGCACGGACACCGACAGGGCACUGUCACUGUCCCGUGUUCGGUACCGGCGGUCGGAGGAGCUCCCGGAGGAGCUCCCGGGGGUGUUCCCGGGGGUGUCCCCGAAGGAGCUCCCGGGGGUGUUCCCGGGGAGCCACUUCGGGCUCGAGGGGGGCUCCCACCUGGGGCUGUCGCUGCUGCUGCCGCCGCAGACGCUGGAGAGGGUCCUGCUGCUCCUCACCCGCUGCCAAAGCCCAUCCCAGCCGGAAUGAUCCCAAGGGACAGGAGCCCCCGGGCUGGGGAGGGA